AUGUCAUUUGAUUGGCUAAACAAUCCUGGUUCAAAUGGUGCUGAUGCAGGGGGUAUUACUGCUACUGCUUCAGUGACUACAGGAGUAAAUAGAACUUCCAACAAUUUUUCAAAUCAGAACCAUUUCAACGGCACUCCCACAAAUUUUGCUACUUCAGGUACCUCAUCUAAUAUGGGUUUUGGAAACUUGCAAAAUAUUAAUAAAUCAGAUUCUCAAUUGAGCUUUCAAGCACGACCAAAUACAAACAACCCAUAUGCAACGCAAGCUCGAGUAAAUACAGAUAAUCAGGGUUUGGAGCCGGAUCCUUCUGAUUCGAAUGCUUUACAAUUAGCUGGGUAUCAAGAAACUCAAGACGACUUGCAGGUUCCUUUAUCCCUUUCACGGUCACAAUUGUCCAAUGAAGAAAUCAGAACGUAUUUGAGAUGGUACAACUACAUCAUUGCAAAGACUCAUAACAAGUUAGUUACUAUAGCUGAUGUAUUCAAUUUUAUGAAGAACUUUAAUAUCACAGCUAAAUUAAAAGAUUGGGUUACGCAUAUCUUUAGAACAUGUAAAAAUUCGUUGAAUAUUGGUCAAUUUUUUGCUCUUAUUAGAUUAAUUUCUACAUCAUUGCUGACAAAAUCGUUACCAAGGAGAGUAAUGAUUGCAAAACCAGCACCAAUCCCUUCACCACGUUCCAUUUUAGCAUGCACAAAAGAAGAGGUAUAUGAGGAAGUUGACGUUCCAGAACAGGAAGGAGUUGAUUUUGAUUCAUUCACAAAUUUACUAUUAACAGGUAAAUCUCCUAAUAAAAGAAUCCGCAGAAGGGUAUUGAAUUCUGCUAAUAAGAAAGUUAGGUUCUCAGGCGAAGUCAAAUAUCAAGAUUCAGCUCCUACGAAUGAUGCUGAUGAAUCUUAUUUUAGUUCUGCGUAUUCGAAUACUGAGGCAACCUCUAAUUCAGUUCCUAGUGGUCCGCUAGAUCUUACAUUGCCAAUGGAUCAACUUUUAUCUCAGAUGGCUAAAAGAAGUCAAAGUAAUUCUGCCUUAGUAUCUGAAUUACCUACAGAACAACAGGAAACAGAAGAAGAAAAAGCGGAGUUGGCUGACAUGCAAGAUUCUCUAUCACAUUUUAAGCAGAUUCAAGCGCCGGAUUCUGCCACUCUAAGAUCCUUACAAACAUUACAACAAUCACAAAAUGUGUAUGGAGGCAAUACAAAUAACGGUGUGCCAGAGCAGAUUCCUUUGCAGCCUCUUAAACCAACUGCUACAGGCUCCGGUAAUCAUUUGUUUCGUCAAGAAUUUAAUCGUGUCAAUAGUAAUCCAGAUAUUAAUAUUGACUCUUCUCAACAACCAUUGCAACCAUUGAAACCAACGGUCACUGGUUCUGCUAACUAUUUAAUGCGUAGUCAAUAUGCUUCAUCAAAGCCAUCCCAACAGUACGAAUCUCAACCUCAGACAAUCAGCUUCGGCACUGGUAUGCCAAACGAUAAAGUAGCCUCUAAUCAUACGCAGAAUAUUUCUUCUAUUGCAUCAUUAACUCCAACUGCUACCGGUUCUGCAAAUCAUUUAAUGAAAGAACAUAUGACUUAUUCAAAUUCACAGGACCAUAUUUUGAACGUACUAGGAAGUCCAAACAACACUGGAGGAAUGGCUAAUAAUACUUUAAUUGACAAUGUUAAUGAUAUUAACAGUAUCAAUAAUAUCAACAAUGCGAACAACAUAAAUAGUAUGAAUAAUAUGGGGAACUUGAAUAAUCCGAAUAAUAUGGGAAACUAUGCCAAUAUAAAUAAUAUGAAUACAAUGAACACCGUGAAUAGCAUGAACAGCAUAGGUAAUAAUUCGAAUUUAAACGCUGCUAGCAAUAUGCUUCUUAAUAAUAACAUAUCUCCCCAGGUAACAUCCCAGCAAACAGGACAAUUCCAUAUGAAUUCAAUUUCGCCGCAACAUAGCGCACAAGCUACGCCACCACUUUCUAUGUUGCAGCCCAACUCUAGACCGAUACAACAAAUGCAUAUGCUUCAACCUCAACACAGUGCACAGCCACAGCAGCAGCAACAUAUUCAACCACAGCAACAUUUCCAAUCCAAUCAACCACAACAAGUAAUAUCACAAAUGCAACAACUGAGAGUUCCGCACACAAAUACAUUACAACCGCACCAUAGCGCUCCACCUCAAAGUAAUAUGUACGGGAACAAUAUGAAUAUGAAUCAAAAUCAACAGGCGAUAGGUGCACAGCAAACUCAGAUUUUGAAUGGUUCUACUGCUGUAAAUAACUAUUUUCAAUCUUUGUUAUCUCAUACACCAUCUCCAUCCAUCAAUAAUUCUAACGUAUCUGGUAGUAAUGUUUCCAAUAAUAUGAAUCAAUCUCAACCUACAAGAAUGGAUUCAAAUCUUGUUAAUUUGCAUAAUAAUAAUAACAAUAUGUAUCAAUAUCAGCAACAGCCACAAUCAAUUAUUCAAAACCAAUCUCAACCACAAAUGAUGCAAAAUGCACGGGCCCCAUUCCAGAAUCAAAUUCCACAAUUUGGUAUUCCACAACAACAAACAUCAGCACCUCAGCGAGAUAUUCUUGGUGAUCUUCAGUCAUUACAGAAUCAAGUUGAUAAAUUGAAAAAUGCCUAUGGUACACGUUAG